CGCCGACCUUCCUCCGUGGCGGACGGGGAUGCCUCCCCCUCCAGCGGCUGGCCACCCUCCCGCCGCGCCUCGCUGAGGCCGCGGACCGCCGGCCCGUCGGGGAGCACCGCGGCUGCCGGCGAAGAAAGUGAAACUACCUGUCGGCGGCGGAAGCCCCAUGGGACUGGCACAGCCCGGCCGUCCCGCAGCCGCCGCUGACAGCGACGCGCCCCCCCCUGACAGGCGGGCGGGGGGCCGUGUCCCGCCCGGCCGCCGCGGCUCCUCUCGCCCACCUGCGCGUUGCCCCGCGGGCCGCAGGCACCAUGGGCGAGGCGGUGCCGCCACCAUGACCGCGGAGCCGCCGGCGCAGCUCCCUGCCACCCCCCCCCGCGGACCAUGUUCCAUGCCUUUUUUAGAUCUAUCCUUCGGGUUCUGCCACUGCUUCUUGUUCUGUCUCCAGUGAAUUCAUCUAGUUGUGCAAUGGGAAAUAGAACAACUGAAAUCCGUGUGAAGUAUGAGAAUAUACUAAGCCACGACAUCCAUGAGCUGGUAAAUAUGUCUGCAGAGUAUCGUGACAGGUGCUGCAAGAAUAAAAAACAUGAAAAUAGCAAAGUGUUUUUCUGCAAUGAUACUCAGGAAAUAGAAGCACUACAGAGCAUGGCAUGCAACAUGCUCAGAUUCUUUCAUAAGCAAAAAAUCAGCAAAGACUUUAGAUGGAGAGCAGCAUUAGUUUCAUGUGGGACAUUACAAGUUCUACAGUGCAAAUGUGAAAGACACAAAAAAGAAAAGGUUUGCACACAGGUAAAUAUGCAUAAUAAUGAUGAUACAGAGACAGAUGAACAGUGCAAAAAGAAAUGUAACCAAGAAUUAUGUGAACUGAAGGAAAACAUAUCUAGCCUUCGAUCCUGCUGGAAUAAAUUUGAAAAAAUAAUUUCCAGAUGAUUCCAGGUAGAUCUUGGUCUUUUCUUCCAAAGUGGCAUUACUUGGUGUCUUUGCAUUUUAUAUGCAUUCCUUGAGUAACUCUGCUCGCUUAUAUGAACACCCUAUGCCAGAAUUCUGAUGGAAAGCUACUGUACCUUGUUCCUGGAGAAGGAAUGAACAGAAAUGGCUAAACCAAGCUGCUGAAGCCCUAGAAGUGGAAAUAAAAGACCAGCAUUUAGAACAAAGAACUUGGCAGAAGGCUGGAUCCCACCUUCAAAAGCUCCUCUGAAUUUUCUGAUCUUUUGAGUCAGUUUAUAAUACUGUUGUAUGAAAGCAAUAUACUCAAGUGUCUACUGCAAUUUAUAAAACCAUCUUAGAAGCUUCAGGUGAAGGAAACGAUAUGGAAAGGUAGCUGUUUUCUUACUAUCUACAUAAAACACAUCAAGGACCAAAAAGAGCAAUUUGCCAAACAAGCAGCUGAUCUGGGAUCUGUUCUGCCGAUGCAGUAGUGUUUUCAGUGUGGGUAUCUAAUAGGUCUGCAAACUGAUUUAAGUUUGGAAAAAUAAGCAAAAGGUUAACUUUAUGAAAAACUUAGGAAGAGUACUGAUUUUUGAGAGCUGUAGCAGACUUCUACUGGCUGUGAGUAGAGGCAAGACAGCGAGAUCUGUAGAAGGUGAAAAAGGAGAUUCCUGAACGUAAGUUUGUUCAGCUGACUGGAAACACCACUAUUCUUGUGUAUUUGGUUAUCCUAGAGUUAGCUGCAGGAGGAGCUAGAAUGUCUGACCUUCAGAUUGUGAUUUCUUGUAGGCAAUUAUUUUAUAUAAUGUGUUCAACAUGUUAGACAUACAUGACUUAAAAUGUGUGAAUAUUGUCAGAGAAUAAUAUAUUGGCAUUUAACUAAUGAAGUGUUCAUAUUUAAUUUUGGAUGAAUAGAAGUAUUUUUAUAGUUGUUUAUAACUUUUUUGCAGUUUCUUAUUUUGAUAUUAUAACUCCUUUGGUAAUAAAAUAUUUUCUUCUA